UUAUGCAGUGUUUCGUUUGGAAAUUUCUCAAAGCCAGAAAGAAAACAGGGCAUUGCGGAGGAAACUACAGCUACUGGAACUGAAGGUGACACGAGAUCGCGUCCUCACCAAUCGUUCCAGUAGUGUCAAGAUCCUCGACCGGUACAGAGGAAUGGCAAGAGGUGAAGGACAUCUCACUGGAGGCAACAAGAGCUUUCUGAAGCCAGCGGGAAACAAUACAUGGAGCGAUGACCAACCAAUCACUGUUGAUGAGGGGAGUGGAACCUCAACCCAGCACAUUAUCGUGAUAGAGUCUGCAGGUCCUGGGGUCAAGCUGGAGAGGUCUGAAGGAGAGGAGGACCUACGCAACAGCAAAGACAUCCAGACUGGAGCGCCCCCUGUAGCUAUGGAGGACCCCACCACCGCCCCAGCGCAGCCCAGGACUCGACGCAGCAUCACGGAGGAGGAGGAGGGUCCAGAGGUGCUGCUGGUGAAGGUGGAGGGGUGUGAGGAGGGUCUGGGGAACCCUAAGGGGACCAUGGUCAUAGAUGACAACCAUACUACACCUCCUCCUGAACCCACAGAGGAACCAGCUGAGCAGCACAGGACCACACACAGUCUCACUGAGUCAGUAGACAUGGAGGAUGGGAAGUCUGAUCUGCUGUUAGUCAAAGAGGAGACGAUUGAAGACGGACCAGAGAGCAUGGACCUUCUGAGUGGAUUAAAGAUGGGGGAGCAAGCAGGUGGUUGGCUGGAGGCUAACAGAGGAGACUGGGCGGCCAUCUUGGAUUCCCAGAACCAGACGGGUGCAGCCAAGGGCCCAGGGAACAACAUCACCGAGCAGGCCUGGACCAGAGGUGACAUGGUGGAGGUCAGGGGAUGGGACAGCGUCCUCAACUCUGGGCUGGGGAACAACACUGUUAACCACAACAAGAAACAGACAGUCGAACACAAAGCAACAUCCGAACUUCGUCUCCAUGACAACAGACUGGCUGAGACCAGGACGAGGCAUAGAUUUGGUCUGCAGGGUCAGGGAAGUGUCCGUAUGCAGCGGGAGAGAACAGACACAGACUUGACUAGCGAUGCUCCGUCCUGCUCCUAUAGUUGUGAUUCAGAGAGACUGAUGGCGCCUCAGGUUAACUCCCAAACAAGUGCUUCCUUCAGCCUGCCUUCUAUAGGAUCUAUCAACUGGAACAUGGACCCUGCGACAACACAGACACUCCCUGGCCUUCAUCCUCCUCACACUCUCCUAAUGUUAAACCAGACCUCAGACAAUGCCAAUGCCUCAACACUAAAUGGCUACACAAGCCCAUUGACAAAUGACAGUAGUAGAGACAGAAUCAGUAAAGGUGGCAGUGCCAAAGAGAAGCGCUUCCCGUGUUCGUUUUGUGGGAAAGCCUUUAGUUUCCCCAAACAAGUGGAGAUCCACCAGAGGAUACACACGGGGGAGAAACAAUUCGGCUGCCACCUGUGCCGGGCCAGUUUCUCCCACUCCUUCAGCCUGAAGAGGCACUUGAGAGUCCACACAGGGGUGAAACCCUUCAGCUGUACCCAGUGUCACAUGCGCUUCGCCCAGGCUGGUCACCUGAAGAGGCACCAGAGGGUCCACACAGGAGAGAAACCCUACAGCUGUACGCAGUGUGAGAAGAGGUUCUCCCGCCAGGACCAGCUGAAGAUGCACCUGAAGGUCCACACGGGAGAGAGACCAUUCGCCAGUACGCACUGCGGGAAGAGGUUAUCAGAGAGGAGCUACCUCAGGAUGCACCAGCAGAAAAAACAUUCCACUCUUUAACAUAAAAAGUAACCAUUCACCUGGAUAGUUUCUGACAUUUAGAUCAAACCUUGCAUUAAAGACAAAUAUACAUUUUAAUUGUUGUCAGCAGAAAAUACUCAUAGAUACACAGAUUUCAGUGUUGAAUAUUCCUGGGUAGAAUAUUUUAUCCAGACACUGUGUGACAUACAGUAUGUAAGUCUAAAAUUUUCUGAGAUAAAUGGCUUUACAUUUCCGAACCUUCA